AAGGGCUUGUUUGUUCUUUGUCACGGUAGUGAAGAGUAGGAGUGACAGCGAGCUGCGCAGUUACUCAGUGAUAUCCAGUUGAGCGUUCCUGCUGGAACUAUUCAGGAGGAGGAAGAGAGACGACACAGAGCUCCGAGCUGAGAGGAUAAAACCAGCAACUGGUCAGGCGACAAACUGGUUGAGAGGAAAUCUGCUGGAAAACAAGAUGGAGGUCUACACUGUCACCGUGGCAACCGGGACAUCAGAGUACUCGGGCACCAACAACUACAUCUUCAUGACCCUGAUAGGGGAGAAAGGGGAAAGUGAGCGCACCCUGCUGGACAACCCUGGACUUGAUUUCUGUCGAGGAGCAGUGGACCAGUACAGGGUGACCAGCAAGGAGCCUUUAGGGUCCCUCUUACUGGUUCGACUGGAGAAAGAAAAGUAUUUUGUUGAAGACAACUGGUUCUGUCGAUAUGUCACAGUGGAACCUCCAGGAAAAAAGCGACUUUUGACAUUCCCAUGUUACCGCUGGCUUAUAGGAAAUGCCAGGGUGGAAAUAAGAGAAGGAACAGCAAAGACUCUGGUGGAUGACUCCUCAGCAAAGUUGCUGCAACACAGGAAGGCAGAGUUGCAAGAGAGACAAAAUACCUUCAGGUGGGUAACGUGGGCCACAGGGAUCCCUAGAUGUGUUGAUGCCAAAGCAGAAACUGAUUUACCCCAAGAUGUUCGCUUCGACAACGAGAAGAGAAGUGAUUUCGAACAUUCAUUGCAAUAUGCUUUGCUCGAGCUGUCCCUAAAGAAGCUGGCCAUCACUUUUGGGAAAUCAUGGAGUGACCUGGAUGACUUCAAACGCAUCUUCUGGAAACUGAGGAGCCCAAUAGCUGAGUAUUGCAUGGAUCACUGGAAGGAGGAUUGGCUCUUCGGCUACCAGUGUUUGAACGGCAGCAACCCGAGGAUGAUCAAGAAGUGUUCGGUUCUGCCGGGAAACUUCCCCGUCACGUCAGACAUGGUCCAGAGCUCAAUGCCAGCAAAAACCAACCUGGACAAAGAACUCAAGGCAGGAAACAUAUUCCUGCUGGACUACGCCAUCAUGGACGGGAUUCCUGCAAACACAAUCAAGGGCAAACCUCAGUUCAUCGCUGCUCCGCUCUGCCUCCUGUACCAGCAUCCAGAUGAAGGACUCAUUCCUAUUGCAAUUCAACUGGAGCAGACUCCAGACCUGGACACGCCCAUAUUCCUGCCCAGAGACCCUCCUCUGGCAUGGCUGCUGGCCAAGAUGUGGGUGCGUCACUCAGAAUUCCAGGUUUUCCAGCUUUUGUCUCACCUUCUCCGGACUCACCUGGUGGUGGAGGUGUUCUGUGUCGCAACUCUUCGCCAGCUGCCUGCGGUACACCCCAUGUACAAGCUCCUGGCUCCUCAUCUGCGCUACACACUGGAGAUCAAUUGCAGGGGGCGAACUCAGCUAAUCUCUCCCAACGGCAUUUUCAAACGAGUUGUGUCUACAGGCGGUGAUGGCCUCCUUAUUCUUGCCCAGAGGGAAUACAAGGUGUUGACAUAUCGCUCCCUUCAGCCACACUUUGACUUCACUGAUAGAGGAGUGUUUCAGGUCCCCAACUAUUUCUACAGAGAAAAUUCCCUGAUGCUGUGGGAAGCCAUUCAUAGUUUCGUCUCAGACAUGGUGAGUCUGUACUACCACACAGACCAGGAUGUGGAGAAAGACCCAGAGCUGCAAGCCUGGAUCAAAGACAUAGCAGAGGAAGGCUUCACUGAACUGCCCAACUUUGGUCUGUCAAAUAAACUCUGUAGCAAAGAGGAACUGUCCACUCUACUGACUGUGGCCAUCUUCACCAGCACAGCUCAGCAUGCCGCAACCAACAAUGGACAGUUUGACUGGUGUGCCUGGGUUCCCAACACCCCAUGCACCAUGAGACUCCCCCCACCGUCAGAUAAAGAUGCUGUUACCAUGGAAAUGAUCAUGGCCUCUCUUCCUGAUGUGGGCCAGUCCUGUGUGCAGAUGGCGAUCACAUGGCAUCUGGGACGAGCGCAGCCAGACGCAAUCCCUUUGGGUCAGUACACACAGGAACACUUCACCGAGUCUGUGGCCGUGGAACUGAUUGAAACGUUCCGGAAGAAACUGAAGGAGAUUGAGGACCAGAUCCUGGAUCAGAAUGCCGGACUGGACCUUCAGUACCUCGUCCUUCUCCCCAGCCGCAUAGAAAACAGCAUCACCAUAUAGAAACACAUCCAGUGUAAUCAUCACACCACUUCCUUUGUCUGUCUUGAGCAGUGCUUUAUUUAUUUUGAAACUUUGAAGAAAAACACAUUGCCAUGGAAACCCCAGGAGGAGGAACCAGACCAUCUGUCUAAUGCAGUAAAGGAUGGUGAUGGAUUUCAUCAGACAUGGUGAUAGGUUUAUUUAAUCCAAAAAUCUAAGCUUUUUGCUAAAUUAUUAGCAUUAUUAGGUGAGCAAUUCUAUUAAAACUAUUGCAGCAUUUUUAAAUAAUCCAUAAUUAUGAACCAGGAAACGAUGCUGUAUUUGGGUCAUAACCAAGCAAAGCUUACAUGGCUGGUAUUUCUACAAUGUUCUGUGAAUAACUUACAUGUUACAUAUUCAAUAUGGUAUGUGUUCCAAUGAGGCUUUUUUUCAAUAAAAAAUAUCUUUUGAAAA